AUGGCUAUCAACGACAGUGGUAUCAUGGCAUCUCAAAGGUCAGCAGAGCCGAAGUCUGCGAGGGAACCAAAUGUCCAAGACCCAAUUGCCAUUGUAGGCAUGGCAUGUCGUCUACCGGGAGAAAACACAUCCCCGACAAAAUUAUGGGAGUUUCUCAAGCGAGGAGGCAUUGCUAGCAACAAGGUCCCGGAAAAUCGCUUCAACAUCAAAGGUCACUAUGACGGCUCAAAGAAGCCCGGGACUAUGCGUCCACCGGGUGGCAUGUUUCUUGAGAACAUCGACUUGGCAGAUUUCGAUGCAUCCUUUUUUGGUAUCUCAACAGCAGAGGCCAUUUCCAUGGACCCAAAUCAAAGACAAAUGCUUGAAGUCGUAUAUGAAGCCAUGGAAAACGCGGGGAUUACGUUGGAGCAGGUCUCUGAUGCCCCGGUUGGAUGUUUUAUCGGCUCCUUUGCCUCCAACUACCACGACAUGAUGAAUCGAGAUCCUGAGGAUCGACCUCCGUCGAUAGAAAUCGGUAUUGGCCGUGCCAUCUUGGCAAACAGAAUCAGCCACGCCCUCAACAUCAAGGGCCCAAGCGUGACAGUCGACACAGCAUGUUCUGGUAGUCUAGUUGGUGUUGAUCUUGCAUGCCGCUAUCUUCAAUCAGGGGAGACCAACUGCGCCAUUGUUGCGACUAGCAACUUAUAUCUCAGUCCCGAACAUGUCAUGGAUACAGGUCCUAUCCGAAUGGCGCAUAGUCCUACUGGAUAUUGUCACACGUUUGACAUUAAGGCUGAUGGAUACGUCAAGGCAGAGGCCGUCAGUUCCGUCAUUCUCAAACGCCUGGAUGACGCUAUUAGAGAUGGGGAUCCUAUACGUGCCAUUAUUCGUGGCUCAACAACGAACAGUGAUGGCCGCACCCCUGGCAUUGCCAGUCCUAAUCCCGUAGCCCAGGCCGCAGCUGUCAGGACUGCUUAUGCCAAUGCAGGCAUCAAGGACCUUGGACUCACCACCUAUUUGGAGUGCCACGGUACCGGUACACAGGCUGGAGAUCCUCUAGAAGUCAAGGGUGUUUCCUCUGUCUUCUCUGGAUUUAAGAGCGAGGAUGCGCCACUGGUGAUCGGAUCGAUAAAAAGCAAUCUAGGACACUCCGAGCCAUCGGCUGGCUUGAGUGCAGUGCUUAAAGUAGUUCUGGCCCUAGAACAUGGCAUCAUUCCAGGAAAUCCAACGUUUGAGACUCCUAACCCCAACAUUGAUUUCCGAGGACUCAGGGUCCGCGCAACGCGUAGCGCUAUUCCAUGGCCAGAGGCCGCAUUUCGGCGAGCCAGUAUCAACUCAUUUGGCUACGGUGGAACAAACUCACAUAUUAUCCUUGACGAUUUGGCGGCCUUGGAUGAUGUCAAACCCUCGCAUGUCUCAUCGUUUGUGACAGGCGAUGAAGAGGAUCUCCUGGAAGCAGAGGAGGAAUACAAACCUCACGUCAUUGUUCUUUCGGCGAACAGUGAGCAGUCUCUCCGAGGAUAUGUCGACGCCCUGGACCAGCAUCUCAGCAAUUUGGAAGUCAAGGUGGACCUCCACAACCUUGCCUAUACGUUGUCUGAAAGAAGAAGCCGGCAUUUCCACCGCGCUUAUGCGGUAGUUCGAAGCAAGGAUAGCAUCGAGCCGAAUGCUUUCACUUAUGGCAAGCUUUCCAGCGAUGCUCCUAGGAUUGGAUUCAUUUUCACUGGUCAAGGUGCUCAGUGGCCACAGAUGGGAAAAGAGCUCGUCGAAACAUUUCCAAUCUCCCGGGAAAUCCUGUCUCAGCUGGACGCCGCCCUCCAACAACUUCCCACUCCUCCAUCCUGGUCGUUGCUAAAUGAGCUAGUUGAGAAUCGUUCAGCAGAACAUUUGCGGCAACCAGAAUUCUCACAGCCCCUGGUAACAGCCCUACAGAUUGUAAUCCUCGAGGUUCUGAAGGGCUGGGACAUCGACGCUACUGCUGUUGUUGGGCACUCUUCCGGAGAGAUUGCUGCCGCUUACGCUGCGGGUUAUCUUACCAAAGAAGAAGCCAUCAAAGUUGCUUACUACCGUGGAUAUUCAGCGAAACAUUCCAAGUCAGCAGGAAGCACUGGUGUUGGUAUGAUGGCGGUUGGAUUGGGAGCAGUUGACGCCACCCCCUACCUGGAAGGGCUCCAAGACAAAGUACAAAUUGCUUGCUAUAACAGCCCCAAGAGUGUUACGUUGUCAGGCGCAGUUCCUGCCUUGGAAACAGUCAGGGAGCGAAUUGCAGAGGAUGGCCAUUUUGCGAGACUGCUGCAGGUUGAUUUGGCUUAUCACUCAAAAUUCAUGACUGAAAUCGGAGCAAGUUACGAAGAGCUCCUGAAAAAGAACUUCAAGCCCCUUGAGUCAAAGAGCAAGCCUGCGGUCAUGUUCUCCUCCGUUACGGGAGCCAUCAUGGGGGACACUGCCGAUGCGCGCUACUGGAAAGACAACAUGACCUCUGCUGUACGAUUUGACGAAGCUCUCCAGGCGAUGCUCUCAGCAUCGGAGGCGCCCAACUUCUUGAUCGAGAUUGGCCCAAGUGGUGCGCUCGCUGGUCCCGCCUCGCAGAUUAUAGCUGCUCUUGGCACCAAAGCCAACAAUGUUAAAUAUACAAAAGCACUGAAUCGUGGAACGGAUUCAGUCUUGGCUUUGUACGGGGUUGCCGGCACUCUCUUCGUAGAGGGUGCGCCAAUUUCUCUCACCAAAGUCAACCAAGAGGCUGAUAGUCCCAAGCCCAAGGUCAUUUUCGAUCUACCAAACUACGUGUGGAACCAUAGCACAAAGUACUGGCACGAGAAUGAUGCCAGUCGUGAUUGGCGCUUCCGGAAAUAUCCUCAUCACGAUCUGUUGGGCACCAAGGUUUUUGGAGCCCCAUGGCACUCACCAUCGUUCCGCAAGAUUCUCAAGCUAGAGCAGCUGCCUUGGCUCCGCGAUCACAAGAUGGGCACCGAUAUUUUGAUGCCUGCGUCCGGAUAUAUCGCCAUGGCUGUUGAGGCCCUAUACCAGUCUACUCAAGCUUUGCAACCGAUCGAGGGCGUAGAAAGGGCAUCUCAACUUUCCUACAGGCUACGAAACGUGACUUUCGACAAGGCCUUGGUGUUGGAAGAUAAUGUGGACACAAAGGUCAUGUUCACAUUGACGCCUCACCCAGGAACUGGUAACCCAUGGUAUGACUUCAAGGUAUCAUCCUCUCGCGGAGACGACCUUUGGUUGACUCACUGUGUUGGUCUCAUUCGACUGAGCGACCCUUCUGUGAAUGAGCCGGCUUCGGCGGAGGAUGUCACCCCUCUCAAGUUCCCAACUCCCGCGCACAUGUGGUAUAAGGCACAGGCGAAUAUCGGAUACGGAUUUGGACCUGCUUUCCAGAAACUCAUUGAUGUAGAGAGCCUUGUUGGCCAAAGACGAAGCAGAGCAACCGUCUCUCUUGAGGAGCCCGAGGCCGCUCACUCACCGCAAUCUCAUUAUCCUCUCCAUCCUGCUGUCAUGGACGGGUGCUUCCAGACGACGCAACCUGCUUUGCGCGCGGGAGAUCGCAGCGCUCUGGACUCGGUUGUUGUUCCCGCAUCGAUUGAUGAGCUCAUUAUCAACGCUGCGGAUAGCCGUCCUGCUGUGGGAGUAUCUCUUGGUGUCGCGGGCUAUACGGGUCGUGGCAGAAAGGAAGAGGCCAAGAACUACUGGUCUAGCUGCACCGUGUACGAUCCUGAUACGAGACGGCAAUUGAUGAAGCUUACGGGAUUGCGUUGUCACAAGCUUGACACCGGUAUUGAAUUGCACUCACAGCACACUCUGAGCAGGACCAUCUGGCGGCCUGACAUUAGCUACCUCCACGACGACAAGCUCAUUAGCCUUGCUUGUGGCCCACAGCCAAAGAUACAAGACAUCAUAGAUCUUGUUGCACACAAGUCACCACGGCUUAGUGUCCUCGAGGUCAACCUUGUCCCCGGGGAUUCAUCGAGUUUAUGGUUUGACGAUGGCGACCGCUCACUUCGAAGAGGAUAUUCGGCAUAUACCUUGGCAUCACCAGACGCAAGGUCGAUUAUCAACGCCCGGGGAGAUUACGAAAAGAAUGGUCAAGCAUCUUUUGAGCUUCACGAUUUCUCAAAGUCCGCUUUCGACGCCAAAGAUCAGAAGUUUGAUCUAGCCUUGAUCAAAGUUUCCACCCUGGAUGGAAACUUUACACAGCUUGCUGGCAACAUCCGUGCCAUACUCUCUGAUGGAGCCAUUGCCCUCUUUGUUGAAGGCGAAGCGGCCACAGAUGUGGACAGUUUUUCCGCAAAUGGAUUCGAGAAGGCUGCCACCGUAUCCAUUGAGAACGGGAAGCGACUUCAUUUCGCGAGAGCUAUCCAACAGGCAGAACAGACAAACCGACACGUCAGCGUCAUCCACUUGAUACCCGAAAGCCGCUUGAGCACUGGGCUUGAGUCAACUCUCCUCUCGGAGGGCUGGAAAGUGACGGAACACUCGGCUCCGUUUGCUGAUCUGGAGAAGAACAGUAUUCUGCUCAUUCUGGAUGAUCUUGUUAAGCCAGUGCUCCCGACUAUCGAGGAAGCUCAGUGGAAUUCGAUUAAACAGUUGGUCUUGCAGGGCCACCGUACCCUGUGGGUCAGCCAAGGUUCACAAAUGAACGUUACCAAGCCGGAUAACGCAUUGGCUCAUGGAUUGUUCCGUACCAUUCGCGCCGAGGAUCGCGGAGUUUCGGUAACAACUCUUGACGUCGAGGAUGGAGAGAGCCAGUCUGCAUUCUCCUCCAUCAACCGAGUUCUAGGCCAAGUAUUAAACUUGAAACUCCAAGCGCCGGCUGAGCCCGAGUUCGUUGAGAGAGGAGGGGUCAUUUACGUCAACCGCGUGGUUCCAGAUGAACCGGUGAACCAAUUCAAGAAGGCUGGUCAGCUUGGCGGCGAACCAGUGACAAAGACCCUCAGGGAUAUCCGCCCCGUGGCAAUGCUGAGAGCUGAGCGUCUGGGGACACUGGAUGCAUUGCAAUACUCGGAAAUGUCUUCAGAGCCGCUCCCAGUGGAGCCUGGUAUGAUUGAAGUCGAAAUGCACGCCUCUGGCCUCAACUUCAAAGAUAUUGCCGUCACCAUGGGCAUCGUGCCGGAGAAUGAGCAUCUCCUGGGUCUUGAGGGAGCCGGCAUUGUUCGUCGUGUUGGUCCAGGUGCAGAGCAAUUCAAGGUAGGGGAUCGUGUUGCCAUUUUGCGAAACGGAACUUUUGCAAACUUGAUCCAAACUCCGGUCGAGCGAGCCCACAAAAUCCCCGACUGGCUUUCCUUUGAAGAAGCUGCCACCAUCCCGCUCGUCUACCUGACUUCAAUUUAUUCGUUAUUCGACAUUGGCGGCCUGAAGAAGGGCCAGUCCGUCUUGAUUCACUCUGCCGCAGGAGGUAUCGGAUUGUCUUCUAUUCAACUAGCUCAAUGGGCCGGUGCCGAAAUCUAUGUGACUGUCAGUACAGAAGAAAAGCGCCAGUUCUUGGAAAAGGAAUUUGGCAUCCCACGAAGCCGUAUGUUCUCGUCUAGAGACACACAGUUUGCUUCUGCCAUCCUGGAAAUGACGGGUGGCAAGGGCAUUGAUGUCAUCAUCAAUUCUCUCACAGGCGAGCUGCUUGACGAGUCAUGGAGAAUCUGCGCCGACGGAGGUGUCAUGGUGGAAAUCGGCAAGAAGGAUAUUGUGGACAGGAAUUACUUGUCCAUGGAGCCCUUUGACCGUAACUGCUCGUUCCGAGCUGUUGACUUUUCAUACAAGCAAGUGACGGAUCAGAUUAUCCAGAGACUCUUGGCUCAAACUUUCCAGAUGGUAGAGGACCGUCAUAUCAAGCCCAUUCUUCCCAUCACCACGUACGGGUUUGAUGAUAUCCCAGCAGCCUUUGCGUUUAUGCGGAGCGGCAAGCAUAUUGGAAAGAUUGUUGUUUCGGAUGGCAAAGAAAGCGCCUCGGUGCCUGUCCGACCGGCGACACGCAAGCUCGCUCUUCGUGCGGACCGCUCGUAUGUCAUUGUGGGAGGUUUGAAGGGCCUCUGUGGCUCUCUGGCAAUCUACUUGGCGCGAGAGGGAGCAAAGCACAUCAUUGCCCUGUCGCGUAGUGGUUGCACAGACGAGCGAUCGCAGAAGGUCAUCGCAAACUGUGCUGCUCUGGGCUGCACCGUGUAUGAUGCCGCCGCCGAUGUCUCCGAUGCAAAGGCGGUUAACGGCGUGUUUGAAAAGGCUGCUGUUCCUGUGGGUGGUGUGAUCCAAGGUGCCAUGGUUCUGCGUGACAGGCCGUACGAAACCAUGACCAUUGAUGACUUCCACACCACCAUUGCGAGCAAAGUCCAAGGAACGUGGAAUCUUCACAACGCGGCGUUGGCGCAGAAGGAGCCCUUGGAAUUCUUCACUCUGCUUUCUUCCAUCAGUGGUGUCGUUGGCCAGAAGGGACAGGCCAACUACUCGGCUGCGAAUGUGUUCCUUGACGCGUUUGCCCAGUACCGCCUUUCCCUUGGCCUUGCCGCCCACAGUGUCGACCUCGGCGUUAUUGAAGAUGUCGGCUACGUCGCAGAGCAAGGUGGCAUGAAGCAGCAUUUCGACGACAAGCAGUGGACAGGAAUCAACGAGUCCAUGUUGCACCGGAUUCUUCUCUUCAGCAUUCUGCAGCAAACCAACACCAUCAAUAAGGAUUCUGCAGACCAGAUGAUUACUGGAAUUCCGGUGCCUCAGCCUCCAGACUCCGAGCUGGCAUACGAUGCACGAUUCUCUCUUCUGUUCGGAUCCAACACGGGCAAUGCCGCCCUGCAGAGUGGAAACAGCGAUGAGAGAGACAUCCAGGCAUUCCAAUUGCUUCGGAGCUCCGCGCCAGACCACGCUGUUCUUCUUGCCGCAGCAGUUGAAUUGACGGGAGCCAAGUUCACCAAGACGUUGAGACUGUCAGAUCCCAUCGAGCCCGGGAAGAGCCUGGCCACGUACGGUUUGGAUUCGCUAUCCGCGGUGGAAUUCCGUAACUGGGUACGACUUACACUUGGUGCCGAAAUCACAGUUCUCGACAUCACCAACGCCACAAGUUUGUUUGCUCUCUGUGAAAAGAUCAUUGCAAAGCUUCCAAAAUAA